CCAGCCCCAGAGCCCUGCACAACGGAGCUCUCUGUGCCAGGAGCCGCUCUCUGCCCUGCUGCCAGGAUGGCUGAGAGCUUGAUGUAUGCUGAACUGCAGGUCACCAAGCCCUCCCCAGGACGAAGCACGAGCCCCUGGGUGCAGGCAACAGCCCCGCACCAGGCUGAUGGCACCUACGACAACUUCCAGCAGGGCCCGGUGGGCGAGGGGCCAGCCAGGAACAGAGCCCAGCAGCGCAGAGAGCGCCGGUGGAGAGGACGGGUCCUGCCCCUGAUUCUGCUGGCAGCCUGUCUGGUCCUGCUGAUCACCACCAUCACCCUGGGGGUCUGCUACUGGCAGCAGGGGCAGCGGCUGCAGCAGACAUCCCGUGCCCACAUCGUCGAGCGCGAUGGCCUGUGGCAGCAGGUCGAUGUCCGGGAGCAGCGGCUGAGGCAGGUGGGUGCAGUGCUGGGGAAAACCCAGGAGGAGCUGGCACAGACCCGAGUGGAGCUGGGACAGGCACAGCAAGAGGGGAACCGCAGCCAGGAGGAUCUGCACAGGCGGGACGUGGAGCUGCAGGACACCAGAGUGCAGCUGAAGGAGACCAAGGCAGCACUGGAGCAGGAGCAGGAGCAUUCCUGGGACCUGCAGCAGCAGCUGGAUGAAGCUGCCAUAACCCAGGCCAGAGCAUGGACCUGCCAGGUCACAGACUGCUGCCCGGAGGCCUGGGUGCUGCACCACGGGAAGUGCCUGUAUGUCACCAAGGAGAAGAAGACCUGGUUGGAAAGCAAACUGGAGUGUGAAGAGCAAUUCUCUCAGCUCCUUGUCUCCUGGGAGUGGGAACGCACAACCAUGCCGAGCUUCCUCACCAACACGGACACCUUGUUCUGGAUCGGGCUCCGGCAAGACCAGGGCCAGUGGACUUGGAUCGAUGGGACUUCUUCCAAAGAGCCAAGGACCUUUGGGUGGCGGCAGGAUUGUGGAGCAAUGAAAGGGGGAAACAUAGAGGCCACCUAUUGCUCUUCCUUUUAUGCCAAGCACCUUGCAGUCUGCGAGAAGCCAGCUGAGCCUGACAUGCCCCGACGUCUGUUUCCAUUCGGCCCCUGGGGAAUGAAGAUGGGCCCCUUCAACUGAGGCCAGGAUGCUUCUCCAGAGCCCCCUGGAAAUCCCAAGCCCAGGACUGCAGAGGGCUCUGGGUGAGGCUUCAUCACAGCCCAGCAGAGCAUUGCCAGCCUCUCCUGCGUCUGACCCUAACAUGGCUGUUGAUGCAGCCCAGGACUGUGGUUACCCUUUCUGCAUCACCUCAUAUGGCAGAUGCACUGGGUCCAUGCUGCACCAACGCCCCAGGUUCCUCUCCAUAGUGCUGCCCCUAGGCAUGUCUUUCUUGCUCCAUGCCCCUGUUCAUGAUCCUUCCUCCCGAGGGCAGUGCCGUACACUUGUCCACAUUGAACUGCAUCUUGUCAGCUACAGCCCGGCUUUCCAGUCUGUCGAGAUCUGUCUGCCUUACAAUGCUCAGAGCCCUUCCCAGUGUUGUGUGGUCCAUAACUUGCUCCAGAAGCUUUCUGUGCCAGCAUCCAGACCAUGAAUGGACACAUCAAGCAGCCCCAGGCCCAGGACCAAUGCCUGACAGACUCCAUGCAAAGCCUCCUGCUGUCUGGAGCCAGUCAGAAUGACCGACCCCUUUCCUGGCAGCGAUGGAGCCAGUUGUCUGCCCCCGUGUAGUAUGUUUGUCCACUUGGUUAAUGAGGAGGUUGUAUGGGGCUGUAACAGGGUUCCUCUCCAGUGGCAGCCAUAGUGCCCUGAAGGGCUCCCAGCCCUUAUCCACUUGGCUUUGUUUGGACACUUGUUGCUUUAAUUACUGACCAUGACUGGAUGUAUCUAUCUUUUAGAUAAAGGGAGGCUGACCCAGGGCUUCCUGAGCCUGAUCUUCCUACCAUGACCACGCGUGUCCAUACUCAUUGUCUUCAGGGCCAAUUGGGUGGCUCCAACCUCCCAUUUACACAAAGCCCAUGCCUCAAAGAUGAUAAUCCUUCCUGUUGACAAGCCCCUUCCUGGGCAAUGGGCUCUCAUCCUAAGUCCUUGACCUUCUUGGGCUACAAGUGCCUUGGUCCCCACCUCCAGGUUGAUUCUCAGGCUGCCUCUUCCCUCCUAAAGUGACAGGCUCACACUAAGCCCCUGUCACAGGGACCUUGCCCAAAGCCUUGUUGAAGUGCAGACACACAACACCCCUGGCAGGCCUUUCAUCCACCCUGCAGUUACUCUGUUGUGGCAGGAGAUCAAGUUAUUGGACAUGUUUUGUUGGCAGAAAACCCAUGCUGCCUGCUCAGGAUGAACCUUUUGUCCUCCAAGUGCUUGCAAAUGUCCUUCCUUAGUGUCUGUACAGGUAAUUUCCUGGGGAUCCAGGUGAGGGUGACGGGUCCAUAAUUCCCCAUGUCCCCUCUUGUCUUUUUAGAGAGGGGCCCUAUAUUGGGCUUCUUCAGUCCUCUGGACCCUACCUGUGUCCCACGACUCCAUCAGUGUCAUUGCCAAGGGCCCCAAGGGCCCUGCCCUGGGGUGCAGUUCGUGAGGCCCUGAUGACCUGAGUUCACACAGACCCAUCAGACACUGUCUAGGAAGGGGCUUGGUAGGGUGAGCUCUGUGGCAGAAUACCAUCUCUGUCUCUCCCCAAACUGCUGUCUGACAAGUUGGUUACCCUGGUCACUGCAGAGGGCAGGCACCCCUGCCCGCAUCUGCUUCAGGUAACCCUGAGUGGUAACCUGAGCUGGAUGCAUUCCUGAGAGAGGGAGAAACCUGCUCCCUCUGCCUACAUGACUGACCACAUGUACCAGGGUGGGGGCUUAAACUCCCUAUUGGUCUAAGCAAUGCCAACAUGACUGGGAGGGGUGUAAAGACUCUGCCAGUCUACCCGCCAACCAGUGAUGUAUUUCAAAUUGGUUGGCUGGCAGCCAACAAUUGCUGUUCUUCAUUGGAUCAGGUAAAUGAGGUAAUAAGGUCCAUAUAAGUGAAGGACUGCCCUGGGGGGGAGGGGUAGCCAUGGUGAAAACUCAUAGAGAAGUUGGACCACCUGAAAUUUGCUCUCUCUCUUGAAACUCAUGAUCAAUGAACUGUUUGCCUCCAGAGGGAAUCUCCACCUGUCUCUGGAUGAUACUUGUGGGUAAGUUACCUGAGAUCUAACUAGAUGUAUAGCUUGCAGUAACCCAGAUGUGUGAUCAAAGGCUACCGUGCCACUGUUUGCUCUAAGGGAUUUCUUUGAUAUUGCUCUACUCUGUACCCUAUUCCAAACCUACUCCUUGUAACCAAUAAAGUUUUCCUUUGUACCUA